AUGUUUAGUAAUAUUCGGAUGUCCGUGGAAUAUAAUCCAAUAAACAGGAAAGGUAUCUUCACACCUGGAGACUACAUCUUUGGGAAAGUUAAACUAGAAUUGGCAAAAGUGUGCCAAAUAGAGAAACUGAUUGUGAAGUUGAAAGGAAAAGCAGAAGCCAAAUGGACAGAAAAUAAGGGGAAAACGGUAGUGAUCUACCAUAACAAACAAAAAUACCUCAGUAUCCAGCAAGAUGUAAUCCAGGCAAGCCAGGGUAAGUGACCUGCUUCUGUUAUUUAUUAGAAAAAAGCCGCUUUAACCAGAUUAAUGUAUGUUGAUUUUUUCCUCUGAUUUAAAGUUUUGUGUUUCCCCUGUUCUCCUGUGCUUUUCUCUAUUAUCUCUGUCAGAUUAAAUCCUUAUGUCUAAGGAUAUUUGUGUGUUUGUUUUUAUCAAACAUGCAGACCAAGAUGAGAUCUGUCCAAUCAUAGAUGAAGAUAGAAAACAAGUACUUUUGUCUGCAUUUUUGCAGAAACAUGCUGCAACAUUAAACCUUUUUUAUGAUAACAGUUUGAUCUCUGGUUUUCUACGGCUUUCUUCUUACUGACUCUUUUGUAGAGCAGUUAAGCACUUCAAUCUUUCCUAAUAAUUGUUUACUGUAUUUAUCUGGUCUGAUAAACUGACCUCUCAAACUGUAAAUGAAGCCUCAUUAUGUAACUUUAUUGCCUUUCAGGUCAAAACAAUAUUGGGCCGGGCCGCCAUGAUUAUCCUUUCAUCUUUCAGAUCCCUGCAGCGUGAGUUUUCUCUGAAAAAGUUGGAAAAAACACAAACAAUUUUGUAUUAUUACAUUGUUUAAUAUAUGGAAAGAUUUUAAUCUUUAUAUAAAAAAUCUAUCUUGACAUAAACAGCCUUGAUUUACAUGUGAAAUGAACCGUGUAGGAUGCUUUUUCUGGAUACUGUGUAAGUAUGAACAUCUGACAGAUAUACUGCUAUUGUCAUAAACUGUGUUGGCAUGUCUUACAGAGACCUGCCGUCCUCCUUCAGAGGCUUACAUGGAAAGAUCAAGUACACUUUGGAGGCAGUCCUGAGCAGGUCCAUGAGAAUAGACAUCAUAGCAGAGACUGAGUUCACCCUCAUCAACUGGAACCUUUGCAGAUAUGCAAUAAUGAUGGUACCCAAAAACAAACACAACACACACAUAAACAUGCCUGUUGUAUGACUAAGACAUUCCUGCAGAAAUGAAAACAGUAACUCUCUCUCUAAAUUAUCUGUCAUUAUCCUGCCAGGCUCCACAGAAUCAGGUCAUUUCUAAGAAAAUGAAGGUUUUCACAUCAGGAGAAGUGGGGAUGUAUGUUAAAAUUGCACGGACUGGAUAUCAUCAAGGUAUGAGUGAUUAAAAAUCACACAUUCCCUUUGCAGGCUACUUUAACAGUGGGCUGCACGAAAAGAUAAACUCUUAUGUGUAGGUCAAAGUCUGUUUGAAUAUGGACCUUUUAAGGCCCUAAAGAAAGGAAAACAGCAAAGGUGACAAGAGGAAAUCCUAAUAGAUUUUCUCAACUGAUUAUUUCAAAACAUGCUUAGAUUGCGCCAAACCAUCAAUUGAGAAGUGAGAAAGCAAAUCAUUUUUUCUUUCACAGGUCAGGCUCAUAAGUCUUUAAAUGCACCUUGGAUAGCUUAAGUCUGUGAAGUACAAUGCAUUAAGACAUAAUUUACAAAAAAUGCUUUAAAAAAGUCUCUUGUGUAUCUUGUGUAACCAGUAAGCUUCUUUGUGAAAAGUGCGACAUUUGUGGGUUUUUUUUUAUAUAGGACAGCUGAUGAGAAACAGGAAAUGUGGGGAGCAGAGAGUGCUGGGAGAUAUGUGGCGAAUGCUUGUGGUCGGAAAAUCAACUCAGUGACUGUUGCAAAGAGACCUGUAGCCUAUUUAUGAAGGGCUCUUAGACUACUAGGCUGUCAGAGCUCCAACCAGAAAAAUCUUAUUGUUAUGAGCAUCUUAAAAUUGCAAAUGUAGGUGCCACCGAGAGAUGGUGAUUAAAGUGUGUUUUGAACUGACAUCUAUUGUGUAUUCAUUCUGCUCUGUUGUUCAGGGGAGGGCAUACAGGUUGCGGCUGCCAUCCAGAACAGAUCAUCUCGCGAAAUCAGGCCAAAGUACUGUUUGUACAAAAAGUACAGUUACUUUGUAAAGGAAGAAAGGAAACUUGAAAUGGAAGACAUCCUUAAGGAGGUGGGUGAUUUCAUCCCACCUUCAUCAAGUCAGACUGUCACCAGGACCAUCACCAUCCCAGCCGACACAUGUGUGUCCAUCUUGAACUGCCGAGCCAUCAAAACAGAGUACAGGCUGAAGGUGUGUAUCCCUCCAUCUUCACUAUAUAUUUGUUUAUAUUUGCAUUUAAAAGGCUGUAUGAUGGUUUUAAUGAAUGCUGUCUAUUUUCCUUCAACAGGUCUACCUGGAUGUUAAGUAUGCCUUUGACCCACAGAUCAAGUUCCCCAUAAUCAUCCUUCCUGCUAAAGAAUGA